AUGGUGCUCUCCAGUUGGUUACUGCAGAUCAAUAUUUCCCUCUCAGCAUUAGUCCUUCUUCCGGGUAGCCAGCAGAGCCAUUUCUCCUGGGCGCCGGCGGCAACGUUUGCAAUACUGGCUGCUUGGGGCGUGACGGGCAUGUCGCUCGCCUUCCUUCACAAACGAUAUCUCCUACAGAGAUGGGCCGCUCACCGAUCCUUGCAGGAACCCUCAGCGGACGAUACUCUACCCGCUGCAAGUGUGGCUGCCAUUCGUCAUGGUUCUGCAAUCUUCGCUCUCAGAGGCAAUCCUGCUGCUGCCGCUGGCCACUACAGCCGCCAUGGUCUUUUUGGCGGCGCAGAGGGGCGGCGGAGCUCCCGACGACGAUCUGGGACUUCCCAUCCCAGUCCCUGGACCGCGCCGAUUUCGAUUCCGCCCAGCAAUCAUGCUUCCAGGUGCACAGAAUCGGUGACGGUAGCCUUGAUACUGCCUCAUCUCCCGCGCAAGGGCUCCAAGGACGAGACGGAAACCCAGCCACCGCAAGGGUAUUACUGGAGUCGAAAUUGCAUUGCAACAGACGACUCAAGGCCAGACGCUACAUCCAGCUGGCCAACAGCUGUCCAGUGGUCAGCCGGCCAGCACCCUACAGCAACCCCCGCACUGCGGCGCUUGGCUUCCAAGUACGCGAUGCCCGCACGGAUGUGGAAGCAUGGCAUCCAGUCCUUUCUUGAGCUACUUCGACAGAGCUUGCCUGCUUCGAUGGAUCAUAUGCUUGCAUUUAUCUUUCUGGCUUAUUAUAUGAUGGUCCUCCUUUACGAGACCGUGCCGGCCUUUGAGGACACAUGGAUCGAGCAUCUUGCCUCGACCUAUUUGGAUGCCUAUAUGAUGGCCCUCCUCUACGAGACGGUGCCGGCCCUCGAAGAUGCAUGGAACGAGUGUCUUGGAGACCUUGCUAGGUAUCGAAUGGCCAUUGAGGAUGAUGACAUCCGUGGUCGGGAAACCUGGACUGGUGUCUCGGAGAACUUACCAGAAACCGAAUGGCCAUUGAAGACGAUGACAUUCGCGGUUGGGGAAACCCGGCCGGUGCCUCUCGAUGCCGGUAUCAUAUGGCGGCGCCCCCCCCUCAUCGUCAACCGGAUGGCUGUAUCAUCAUCUUGCUAUACUGGCUCGGCCGAAUGCUAUACAGCAGCUUUACUACUACACCAAGUCGAACGAAUGCUGUACAGAAGCUCUUGUACUACACCAAGUCGUCGACAAAACCCUCUUCAACAGCUCUACUACUACAACAUCUCGGCCUGA